AUGUCAUACUUUGCUCAGUACCCUCACAGACGGUCUGCCAACAUCGACGACCUGAACUCUCAGCAACAUGGCUCGCCUGGCCCAAGCACACAACAGCAUUGGAUCGCCCAGAGUACAGCAGGCAGCGAGGCCUUGUCAGGUGAGCCAGUCGUCCUCGCUCCCGUCAGACGACGGCGCAGCACGAGACCGCGGACGCACUCGCCUGGCGUUGCCAAUGGCGAUCCCACGCCAGAGUCUGAGCAUCAGCAGGGCGACUCUCCGAGCCCGGAACCCGGCUACAUCAGCCUGACACAAGCUCAGCUAGAUCAGAUACACGCCAGCAGGCGGUCCAGCGCAAGUCAAACUGCCAGGACAGCCCUAGCACGCAAGAAUAGCGCCAUCUCGUCGUCUGCCACGCCAAGCACGAGCUCGCCUUUCACCUCGUCUCAAGCGCCGACGCCCGCUCUAUCGGUUUCGCAGUUGUCGACGACCUCUGCGCGCAACAGGUCACCCCAGCUCGCCAAUGGUCAGCUCAAUUCAGAUCUCAAUCGGCUCGCCCUCGCCGGACAGCCUCAGUUUGGCAAACGCACACGACAGCUCUCACCUUCGGCUAGCAAAGCGAGUGGCCAAGACGAGCCUGUCGUUUCUGCCUACACGCAGAAUGACGAGCUGGCCAGCGAGUUCGUCAAGCUCACUGCAUCCAUGGACAUGCCCUCGAACAACGUAGAGAAACGUAAUCCAGGCUUAGGCUUCGUCAACCCAACCCAGACCCCAUCUCCCGAUCUGCUAUCGCCUCGCACAGAAUCACGCUCGCCUCGGGCUGCAGGCUCUGCCGCUAGCUCGCCUGCCAGCAUGACUGCACCCAACUUGUCUUCAGCACGGGUCCUACCUCAACGCCCCGCCAUCUCGCCCCGACUAUCCUCUGCGGCUCGCAUGAACAGGAAAGGAACAGGUGCCCUUUCACCUGCCAGUUCUCCGGAGAAAUCGCCCUCCGCAACGCGGUCACCCUCACCGCCCCCCGCGACCGCACACGCGCCGAUCACUGCACCCAGCGCACCGUCGCCAGAGCCGGUCCCUGUCACCAACCAGAUCGCAAGCCGUGCCCGUUCGCUGUCUAUCCUCGCAGUCUCGCCUCGUCGAUCAGCCGAAGUGAUCUCACCGUUCAGUGACACGUCCUCGACCGAGCAUAUGAGCUUCUGUACAGCUGCGGAGUCCAGUGCCAGCGGGACAGCUAUACCUAGCAUCACAGACAUCAUCAAUCGCCAUAAAGCUGCUCUGCUGGACAGCAACGGAAAAGCGCAAAAAGCCUUGCCAUUAUUGCAGCACUUCCCAAGCAGCACUAACACUCAGCUAGGCUCGGACUCGGCCACUAGCCUCAACGACCACGGGGAUACCGUGCCAGACAUACUGUGUGCGCUCGACAGCGACCCCUCAAGCAAGGCGAAGGAAGAAGUCGCCCGAUUCAUUCGAUCGUCGCGCCUGACCCGAUUGCUUCAGCUCGAGUGCCCUCCUCAUCACGGCUUGACGAUAUCCCUGGCAGAUGUUGGCGUCCCCGAAGGACAUCCGGUGCUCGUCUUUCUUGGCUUGGGUGCGGUGCGGUACCUCGUCGGGCUGUAUGACGAGCUUGCACAGGCGCUUGGCCUUCGGCUGAUCUGUGUCGAUCGCUGGGGCCUCGGUCGCUCAAGCAAUAUACCGGUUGCGCAGCGCGGGUUGAUACCGUGGACAUCUGUCAUGGUAGAAGUGCUCGACCGCCUCGACCUCCCUCGCGUAAGCUUGCUCGCUCAUUCUGCCGGUGCACCUUACUGCCUCGCCACGAGCGCAGUGCUCGCUCAAACCGAUCGACUAUCAGGCUCAGUGCACCUGUUGGCUCCUUGGGUUGCUGGUACUCCCGACAGCGCGUACCGAUGGCUGAAAUACGUCCCCUCAGGCGUCAUUCGGACAGCACAGGCGGCAGAAUGGCACGUCCAGACGAUGAAGUUGGGCAAGCCCCCCGAGAUACAAAUGAGAGGCAUUGGCUAUGUCAAGCCAUCUAGCUCGCUAGGGGUAGUCACUGCCGAGGCCGAGACUGCCAGUCCAAGAACGAGCGCAGAAGGCCGUAGGCGAAGCUUCCGGAAGUCUUUCAGUUUGAAGAGUCCACCAAGUUCGCCUGCGCCGGACAAUGAUCUACUCGAGUCGUCGCCGCCUUCGAAGCCUCGAAGGAAGCGCUCUCUGAGCCUUGGCAAAGGGAGCAAAGGGAGAUCGAUGUCGCGUCGCUCGACCGAGCCAAUGCCUGAAAUGCCCACCUCCUCGUCGAUGAGCUCAAUCCAGAGCGGCGUCUCGAUGCCCACCCGCCGUACUUCCCACAAGGCUAAACCUGCCGCGCCUAUAUUCGACACCACCGAAGCUCUCAUCAAAGCAUCGCACGCUGAGUCACAGGGCAGCAGCAACGACCUGCUUGUAUUGCUCGACGAGCGCAGACCGAAAGGCUUCGAGUAUGCCGAGCUUGCCUGUCCCGUCAAGAUCUGGUACGGCGAGAAGGAUGAUCGCAUACCCGUGUCGAGCAUCCAAUGGCUCGCUCAGACGUUACCUCGAGUGGACGUGAGCCUUGUGCCUGGAGCGGAUCACAAUCUCAUGACUUCCUACAACGUGCUCGUGGACGCUCUGGAAUCCAUCGCCAGCGAAGCCGGCCUCACUUGA